UAAGGAUGGUUCCGAAAGAAUUUUGGCACGUUAAAAUACUUUAUGCAAAUUCGAAAGCCGAAGAUCUUAACGAAAGUCAAGUCUUACCGAAAAUCGAAAGUCCAAAAUUUAUUUCACACGGGGAUCUUUUAUAUCCGUUCUUGGAACACGGUGUUAAAGUGAAAGAAACCUUAAUACACCAAAAUGUUCAUGAUUUUCAUGAUCCACUCAAGAUCACCUUUGACAGCAUUAAUAGCAACUUUCCAUUUGGAUUAAUGAACCGUCAAAAUAAGACUGAAGAUUAUUUAAGGGACGCUCUACACAAAAAGAAAUCAAUGGGAAAGCAAAACGUUCCUAAUGUUGAAUUCUGCAUGGAGCUAAUAAAGUACGAAGAAAAGGAUGAUCAUGUCAUCGCUGUUGUAAAAAAUACAAAGAACAAUGUGGAAGAAGAAAUUAGAUGCCAAUAUUUAGUAGGAUGCGAUGGUGUACAUUCCACCGUCAGAAAAGGAGGAAAUGGAUGGACUUUUGAAGGUCAGACAUUGAGUUCUUCGUGGGUUAUAGCCGACGUAGAGAUUGUUCAUGAAUUGGUUAAAUACGACCAAGCAAUUAGUUUCGCAAUUGGUGAUGGGUCCAUUGCAAUAUUUCCGUUGGAUGCCAGAAAAAAUACUGUCCGUAUUGCUGUCAAAAUUCCUGAAGAGGAGAACAAUCAUGAAACUAAUGGCCACGUUACGCAUGGUAUCGAUAUUACUCUGGAAGAAUUGCAGAAAAUGAUUGACGUGCAAAUUACCCCGAUUAAAUUGGAACUAAAGAAUCUGGUAUGGAUUUCUCGCUUUAAGAUUAAUGAAAGAAUUGUAAAUAGAUAUCGAACAGGCCGUGUGUUCGUUGCUGGAGAUGCUGCUCACUGUCAUUCGCCACUUGGUGGUCAAGGCAUGAAUAUGGGAAUUCAAGAUGCUCAUAACUUAGCAUUUAAAUUAGCUUUAGCUAUUAGAAAUCAAGCAGCUGACGUUAAUAAACUUCUUGAUAGUUAUGAACAAGAACGAUAUCCCGUUGGUAAGAGCGUUGUUGAAGGUACCAGUUUUGCUACAAAAAUGUUACUUGCUAAUGACUUUAUUAGCACAUUCCUUCGAACGCACGUUGCUCCUUUUAUGUUCCAUUUCUUUCCUCAAACUACAUUUAAAUUCCAAGACAAAUUAUUCCAUUAUGAUCUUAAUUACUUGCCUGAAACUUCCGAAAUUUUUCAUAAGCAUAAAUGUUGUUCAAAUGCUGAAAACAAAUUGAUCAAAGCAGGUCAUUUCGUACUAGACGGAUUAUUAAAGAAAAUAACCUCUCAUAAAAGUCAUGAGCACAUAACUAUGUUUGAUGUCUUUCGUUCAACCGCAUUGAAGCACACCUUAAUCCUCUUCACUCUCAACAAGGGUGUCACUGUUGAUU